UUUAUUCAUUUGUUUCUUUUUUCCUUUUCCGCUUGCUCUAGCAUAUAAAAUGUCGAGAAAACCCUAGCUCUCCUUCUCUGCUCCGUCACUGCCUCUCGAGCUAACCAACCUAAGUUAUUUAGCAGAGGCUUUGAGUUUUUGGGAGAAAAAAUGGUGAGAAUCAGUGUGCUCAACGAUGCUCUCAAGAGCAUGUUCAAUGCCGAGAAACGUGGCAAGAGGCAGGUCAUGAUCAGGCCUUCUUCCAAAGUCAUCAUCAAGUUUCUCAUCGUUAUGCAGAAGCACGGUUACAUCGGUGAGUUUGAGUAUGUGGAUGACCACCGAUCCGGCAAAAUCGUUGUCGAAUUGAACGGAAGGUUGAACAAGUGUGGCGUUAUCAGCCCUCGUUUUGAUGUUGGUGUCAAGGAGAUUGAAGGUUGGACUGCUCGUCUGCUUCCUUCCAGACAGUUUGGGUACAUUGUGCUGACUACCUCUGCUGGUAUUAUGGACCAUGAAGAAGCGAGGAGAAAGAAUGUCGGAGGCAAGGUUCUCGGCUUCUUCUAUUGAGAUCUUUUAUGACGAAAGAGACUUCUUUGUUCUGCUAUUUUUUAACUUUUGUCAUCCAUUUUCUUUGAGACUUCACUUUGUUUUUGUUUCGAAUUUUGUGGUUAUUGGAUAGUUCUUAAACUACAUUUUUCUUUUGGUCUCAAGUUCUUGAGAGAUUCAUUCCAUCUAAAGUCUCCUAUUUAUUCA